AUGGCUAAUAUUUUUCUUUUUCUUACUUGGGUACCCACAAUGCAACAGGCAAGCGAGGUUAUUCGAUUUUUUUUCUUCCUUUCUAAUUCAUGGUUCCCUAAUACGUUCCCCUUUCUUUUUCUUCUUUUUUUUACCUUGUUCGCCGUUCUUGAUCCUCCUUUUCAUUUUAUUACUAUUGCUUGCUUCUUCUUUCUUUCUUUCUUUCUUUCUUUCUUUUUAAUUCAUCGUUCCCUAAUACGGCCUCUCGCUUCGCUUCACUUGCCCCAUUUGUCAUUUUCCUCCAAAGUUUUCCAGACCAUUUCGCUCAGGUUACACACUUGUUUGCAAUCAUUUACGCAACUUUUUCUUUUGGUCGUUAUUCAUUUCCUUCCCACCUCCUUCUCCUUAUCCUUCUCUCUCCACCCCCGCCUGUUUUUUUCUUCUCGGCUCUUGUCUUCUGCGUCAUUGUCUCUGUUUUAUCAUUAUUUUCUUUUUCCUUCUUCUUCUUCUUUAUUCCGCUUUUCUUUCCUUCCUCUCCUAUUUCACUUUUCUUUUCUUCUUCUUCUUCUUCUUCUUCUUCUUCUUCUUGAUUUACGGCCACAUAACGGCAAAAUACCGGUUCCCUUAUUCCUAAUUCUCUUAUUUCUCCUUCUUUUUUUUCUAUCUUUUCUUCCUUCUCCUUCUUUCUUUUACUUCCUUACUGUAUCUUCUUUCCUUUCCUCUACGUGUCUCGCUAUCAUUCAAAAUGUCCGCCCAUUAUUUCAGUCCGGAAUUGAACACUAA